AUGAUGGCAGCUCCUACGAAAAAAGCUGCUCCCAUGGUCAUUGAGGCUGCUCCUAUGAUCAUUGAGGCUGCACCAUCAAAGAAGGGUAGGUACCUUGCUGCUGAGGAUGAGGUUGAGGUGCAGUAUGAGACCGAAACUAUUGAGACUGCGCAGUACGAAACUGCAGAAGAACGCGGUCUUGGAAAGAAGAAGAAGACGACGAUGUAUAUGGAACAACCCGUGAAGGUUGCUCCUCCUCCCAAGAAAUAUGUUCCACCUGUCAAGGCUCCUGCCCCAAUCAUGAUGGCAGCUCCUACGAAAAAAGCUGCUCCCAUGGUCAUUGAGGCUGCUCCUAUGAUAAUUGAAGCUGCUCCAUCAAAGAAGGGUAGGUACCUUGCUGCUGAGGAUGAGGUUGAGGUGCAGUAUGAGACCGAAACUAUUGAGACUGCGCAGUACGAGACUGCAGAAGAACGCGGUCUUGGAAAGAAGAAGAAGACGACGGUGUAUAUGGAACAACCCGUGAAGGUUGCUCCUCCUCCCAAGAAAUACGUUCCACCUAUUAAGGCGCCGGCUCCUAUCAUAAUGGCAGCACCUACAAAGAAGGCUGCUCCUAUGGUCGUUGAGGCUGCUCCUAUGAUAAUUGAAGCUGCUCCAUCAAAGAAGGGCAGGUACCUUGCUGCUGAGGAUGAGGUUGAGGUGCAGUUUGAAGCUGAGGAGGUUGAGACUGAACAGUACGAAACUGCAGAAGAGCGUGGUCUUGGAAAGAAGAAGAAGACGAUGUAUAUGGAACAACCCGUGAAGUACGAAACUGCAGAAGAGCGUGGUCUUGGCAAGAAGAAGAAGACGAUGUAUAUGGAACAACCCGUGAAGGUUGCUCCUCCUCCCAAGAAGUAUGUUCCACCUGUCAAGGCUCCUGCCCCAAUCAUAAUGGCAGCACCAACAAAGAAGGCAGCACCUAUGGUCAUCGAGGCUGCUCCAUCAAAGAAGGGCAGAUAUCUCGCUGCAGAGGAAGAGGCCGAGGAACACUUCGAGGCUGAAGAAGAGAGCGCCACUGAGCGUGGUCUUGGCAAGAAGAGAAAGAGGGUCAGGUAUGUGGCUCAGCCCAUGAAGGUUGCUCCUCCUCCCAAGAUGUACGCUCCACCUGCUGUUGCGCCUGCUCCAAUUAUGAUGGUAGCACGUGCUGAGCCAGUCACGCGAAACGUCGUUGAGGCUGCCCCAUCAAAGAUGGACCAUGCUCCUGCCCCCAUGGUCGUUCGAGCUGCUCCAGUUGCAAGACCACCUGCUCCAACAGUCGUUGAAGUUGCCUCUUCCAAGAUGGCUCCUGCUCCGAGAGUCGUUGAAGUUGCCUCUUCCAAGAUGGCUCCUGCUCCGAGAGUCGUUGAAGUUGCCUCUUCUAAGAUGGCUCCUGCUCCUAGAGUUGUACAAGUUGCCCCUUCUAAGAUGGCUCCUCCAAGGAUCAUCGAAGCUGCCCCAUCGAAAAUGCCCGCCGCUCCGGUCAUAGUUCAGCCACCCCCUACACUUAUGGACCCUGCUCCAUUGGUCUUUGAAGCUGCCCCAACGCAUAUGGACCCUGCUCCAUUGAUUCUUCAGGCUGCUCCCUCAAAGAUAGCUCCUGCUGCUGUGAUUGUUGAAGCUGCUUCAUCUAAGAUGGAUCCUGCUCCCAUGCAACUUGAGUCUGCGCCCACACUUAUGGACCCCGCUCCGUUGGUUAUUGAGUCCGCUUCAUCUAAGAUGGAUCCUGCGCCGAUGAAAACUGAUUAUAUCACUCCUGUGCCGAUUGGCCCUGCUCCAGUUGAGCCCGUUCCCAUAAGACGUGCUCCAGUUGAUCCUGUUCCAAUAAGCCCUGCUCCUCUUGAUCCUAUUGGCCCUGCUCCCAUUGAUCCUGCUCCCAUUAGCCCUUCGCCCGUUGAGCCUGGUCCCAUUGGUCCAGCUCCAAUUCAUCCUGCCCCGCUUGAGCCUGCUCCAAUUAGUCCGGAUCUUACGGAACCCACCCGGAUGGAUCCUGCUCCCAUGGUUUUCGAGUCUGAACCAGAUAAGGUCCCUAGGUACCUUGCCGCUCAAUAUGCAGAAGACGAGGUGAAUUAA